AUGACGUCGAGUUCCGCCUCAAUCGCGUGGAGGACCAGCCUUCGGGCUCGCUCACUCCCCGCAUCCCGCUGGUGCCAACGACCGGCCCUACAGCCGAACCGGGCCGAUCGUGUGCCCAGCAUCUUGCGAUAUGCGUCGGAUUCGGCACCGGCCACCGAGGCCGUGAAGGAAGCUGCCAAGGAUGCGGCGAAGGAGGCCCCGAAGGGGAUUCCUAAGAAGGCUGCUCGUCGUUCUAGAAAGGGUCUUUACGGUACUUCGUUGGCUUUGGUGCUGUUGGCUGGAUAUAUCUACGGAACUGAUACAAGGGCUAGCGCCCACCGCUAUGCGGUCGUUCCUCUUAUUCGACUCGUUUAUCCUGAUGCUGAGGAGGCGCAUCAUGUUGGUGUUGAUGCGUUGAAGCUGCUUUACCGUUUUGGUCUGCACCCGAGGGAACGUGGUGACCAGGAUGGUGAUGGGGCUUUGGCUACUGAGGUCUUCGGCUACAAGAUCAACAACCCCAUCGGUAUCUCUGCCGGUCUGGACAAGCACGCCGACAUCCCGGACGUCCUGUUCGACAUUGGCUGUGGCAUCGUUGAAGUCGGCGGUACCACCCCCCUCCCACAAGAGGGCAACCCCAAGCCGCGUGUCUUCCGUCUACCCUCUCAACACGCCAUGAUCAACCGCUACGGCCUCAACUCCCUCGGCGCAGACCACAUGGCCGAAGUUCUGAAGCAGCGCGUGCAAGACUUCGCCUACUCCGCGGGACUCGGCGCGCACGAAGAAUCCGAGCAGCACGUCCUUGACGGCGAAGCAAACGUUCCUCCGGGCAGUCUUAUUCCCGGCAAACUCCUCGCCGUACAGGUUGCUAAGAACAAGCUCACGCCGGAUGGCGAUAUCGACGCUAUCGCACGCGACUACGUCUACUGCGUCGACCGCGUGGCCAAAUACGCCGAUAUCCUCGUCGUGAACGUCUCCAGCCCCAACACCCCCGGCCUGCGUGACCUACAAGCCGCCGCCCCGCUAACAGCCAUUCUGACCGCCGUUGUGGGCGCAGCCAAGGCCGUCGACCGUAAGACCAAGCCCCGUGUCAUGGUCAAGGUUAGUCCGGAUGAAGACUCGAACGAGCAGGUCUCCGGUAUCUGUGAGGCGGUUUGGAACUCUGGCGUUGACGGUGUGAUCGUCGGCAACACGACUAACCGCCGGCCCGACCCGCAGCCCAAGGGCUUCGCUCUACCGGAGAAGGAGGCGAGCACUCUCAAGGAGACCGGUGGUUAUUCUGGUCCGCAGCUCUUUGACCGCUCUAUUCCUCUGAUUGCCCGUUACCGCGCCAUGUUGGACCAGGGUCCCCCGUCUCAGGCUGAGUCUUCCGAGGAAGGUUCGGCACCUGCUGUUGCUGACCAGCUCGCUCGUAAGGUGAUAUUCGCUUCUGGUGGUAUCACUAAUGGUCGCGAGGCUCGUCAGGCUCUUGAGGCUGGUGCUUCGGUCGCUAUGAUGUAUACUGGUGUUGUUUAUGGUGGUAUUGGAACGGUGACGCGGGUGAAGCAGGAGCUGCGUGAGGAGCUGCAGAAGAAAUGA